GGAACCACUGUUCUCAGUGAUCUGUCAUUUGUCCUCUAAGUUUAGAUACAUCCGCCCCAUUGAGUCUCAGACUGGUCCUGAAAGAGGACUGCGCUGGGGGGAAAUAUUGAGGCUGAGUGAGCGGUUUAAUCUAACGGACUCUCUAAGUGCGCUAUCUCUUACCCGCCAUCUCCACUGAGCAGUUUCCUGCCUAGCAGUGCAGUGUAGGGGAAUGCGCGAGGGAUGCGUGACGCCGGAACAGUGGAGGAUAUUCUCGGCAGCGCUGCUAAUUGCUGUGAUUCAUGUUCCCUUUGAGUGCCUGUAACGAGUAGGCUAUAGCGAGAGAUUAAGAGAGAGAGAGAUAAGUGUAUAUCCGCUCACAGGAGUCAAAUGUCUUGGCUGUGGAUCUAAGAAAUGAUACAGAUUAAACGGACAUUUUAUAAAAGACAAAGGAGCCUUUGCGUUUCAAAGUUUUUUCAUAGUGUUCUUUUUAUUUUUCUGAUGCGGAAACUGUUCCAUUGCUUCCAACAAUGCAAUAAUGGAAUUGCACGUGGCAGAAUGAUGACCAGCGGCGCGCGGGACAUAGGCUGCUGUCAAAAUACUCACCUAUUUGUGUUAUUGUGCUGCUCUAAGAGCUCCAGACAGUGAUCAGUCAUUUGUUUUAAAGUGGGAGAAAAUCUCCUCUGAUCCCGUGUCUUCACUAAAGAGAUGUUGCACUUGCACAGCGAUUCCAGGAAGAUUGACGUGCGCGCGGGGGGACCAUUCAAUCGCUGCCUCCACUCCAGACUCAGCUUGUUUUAACUCCUGGGUCAUCAACUUUUAGCAUCCCGUUUCUACCGAACUCAUCACAUUAAGAUUUACACGCGCAUCUUAAAGGGGUUCCUGUGGUCAGUGCUGAACUUGUUGAACACUGGACUGUGCACGGUGAAUUGAGGCAAACCUACAAAUACCGUGGGUGCCGUUGCCGGGCGGAAGAGAGACAUGAUUGACAGCAAACAAAGCUGAUCGGCCUGUCACUCAUCUCUCCAUCAGCGUGUGAAAAAGGCUGCCUCCUCCAGGGCUCUCGCUCUAGCUCUCGCCUUUCUCCUCGUUCACACCGACUCCUCCUCCCUCCAUCCACUCCUACUCUUUUUAUCUCCUUGACGGGCCAGUCACCCCCUAACUUCGGCGUGUCGUGACCUCUCCUUCCCGCCCUCCCGGAGAGAGAACUGUCGGAGAGACCUGAAACGGAGUACAGAGAGGACUCCAGACUAAAACAAGUGGUGUCCCCCCUCGCCCCUCCAUCUCACACCCCUCGCCCCCUCCACCAAGCUGUUAACAGGAGGCUGGCAUGCUGCCACAGUUCCUUAGCUCCUCUCUCCGUAAAGCUUGGAUUAUUUCAUAAACUCAAAGGCCCAGGCCUUUCCCUCGGUUUCGCUGUCUCUCUGUUUCGGGAGAGAAGAAGAGGGAUUCCCCAUUGAGAAAACAAUAGCCCUUUUCUAGAGGAGAGCAAGAGUGUCUGAGAGGAAGCGGCGAUGCGUUUCCCUCUGGUGUUGACACUGCAGGCACUGUGGGCCAGUGUGUGCCAGACCAUGCAGCACUACCCAGCCUGGGGACACUACGACGUGUGUAAGUCUCAGGUGUACACGGACGAAGGCCUCACCUGGGAUUACAUGGCCUGCCAACCUGAGGCCAUGGACAUGACCAAGUACCUGAAGGUUACGGUGGACCCACCCAACAUCACCUGUGGAGACCCACCUGAGACAUACUGCGCCCUGGAGAACCCGUACAUGUGUAACAAUGAAUGUGAUGCCGAAAACGAGGACCUGGCCCACCCACCGGAGCUCAUGUUCGAUUUCGAGGGCCGCAAUCCCACAACCUUCUGGCAGUCCAGUUCCUGGAAGAAGUACCCCAAGGCCCUCCUGGUCAACAUCACACUGUCCUGGAGCAAAACCAUUGAGCUGACCGACGACAUCGUGGUCACCUUCGAGUCAGGCCGCCCGGAACAGAUGGUUCUGGAGAAGUCUCUGGACUACGGUAAGACCUGGCAACCCUACCAGUUCUACGCCACAGACUGUCUGGACGCUUUCACCAUGGAUGCCAAGACUGUCCAGGACCUGACCCAGCACACUCUCCUAGACAUCAUCUGCACCGAGGAAUACUCCAGGGGCUACGUGUGGAAGUAUGACAAGACGGUGCGCUUCGAGAUCAAGGACCGCUUUGCACUGUUCGCCGGACCACGGCUCCACAACAUGGCGUCCCUCUACGGUCAGUUAGACACCACCAAGAACCUGAGAGACUUCUUCACCAUUACAGACCUGAGGGUCCGGCUCCUCCGACCAGCCACAGGGGCCACCAUGGUAGACGAGAACAACCUGUCCAGAUACUUCUACGCCAUCUCUGACAUCAAGGUCCAGGGAAGGUGCAAGUGUAACCUUCACGCCAAUAGUUGUGUGUUUGACAAAGAGACGCUAAAUUGUGAGUGUGAGCACAACACCACGGGGCCGGACUGUGGCCGCUGUAAGAGGAACUACCAGGGAAGGACGUGGAGCGCAGGCUCCUAUCUACCCAUCCCCAAGGGAACGGCAAAUACCUGUAUCCCCAAUAGCAUUGGUCCAGUUAUUCGGCAGAAUGUCUCAUCCCUAGGUGUUGCUAACCGAAACCAAGCUCCUCAAGUUGCUUUGUCAACUGUCCCUUCAGUCCAAGUUGCAAACAGCAAGCGAGACUGUAGUUGUAAUCCCUAUGGCUCAGACAGUGUUCGCUGUAAUGGCACAGGAUUUUGUAAAUGUAAGGAGGGAACUACAGGGGCUAAGUGUCGAGAUUGUCUGCCGGGAUAUUUGUGGGACAAUGGCUGCAAAUCCCGAGUGUGUGACAACGAGCUCCUGCGCUGCCAGAACGGCGGUGUGUGUCUGAACAACCUACGGUGCCAGUGUACCGCAGCAUUCACGGGCCUGCUGUGUGAGAAGCCCCGCUGUGAGUCGGAGCUGGGGGGCUGUGGUGGGCCUGACUCGGGCCAAGCCGCCCUCUCGUCUACAUCACUCUCCACCUUGCUGCUGCUCCUGCUGGGCUCAACGCUGCUCAGAGAGGCCUCCUACAGGCCCGCCCUGCUCUGAGAACCAGAGGCCUACACGGUCUACACUGAACUGUUGGAGCAAACUACCCAAUUACCAACUUCUCUACAACAACAACAACCAGAACUACAACGACCAUGAGCUUAGUCUACUAUACUGUACUGUACUAGCUGUCCACCAGACACAGCAAGGACACACGCUGUCUAUAAGGGAAUGUGCCAGAAUGAAAGCAAAACUUUAAUUUGAGUAAAAAAAUAAAAGUAUAUAUAGAAAUGAGAGUUUAAAAAAAUGAAAUAUCAAUAAAGAAAAAUAAAUACCAGAUAUUUAAAAAGAGUUUAACUUGAGCAUUUGCUUCAUAAAACGUCAAACAAGUCAAACAACAGACACCAGUGACCUAAGCCAUACCAGAGACUUUUCCCCCUAACUGUCAAAAGGAGGGACUGGAGAUGACAGACACUUUGUUCACUUCCUCUCUUAUUGCCACGGCAACGGCAGCUGCGACCAAUAAGCGACAGCAAGCUCUAGCUAGCAAGGCCAGCAGCUGCUAGCUGCCCCUGUCUUAGGGUGCUUUGGGGUUUGGUGCUGGCUGGACUGAACUGCUUCUGGGCUGAACUGACUGACUGACUGACGAAGAACUCCAUAGAACUGUCCCUACCGCUGCUGAAGGGUGGACAGACAGGCUGUUUGAAAAAUAAAACCUAAAUAGAGAAAUUGAGGCAGAGGGAAAAUAAAAAAGGAAAUGUAAGCAGUCUUUGCUGUCUGUGCAUUGUGGAUAUAAGGAGAUCAAAAAUCUUGCCCACCUCUCUCUCUCAGUCUGUCUGUCUCUCUCUCUCUCUUGCUUUCUCUCUCUCUUAUUCUCAUCUCUCUGUCGCCCUCUCUCUUUCUCUCUGUCUCGCUCUCUUUCUGUUGGGCUCCCGAGUGGCGCAGCAGUCUACAGCACUGCAUCUUAGCGCUAGAGGCAUCACUACAGACACCAGGCUGUAUCACAACAGGCCGUGAUUGGGAGUCCCAAAGGGUGGCGCACAAUUGGCCCAGCGUCAUCUGGGUUUGGCCGGUGUAGGCCGUCAUUGUAAAUAAGAAUCUGUUCUUAACUGACUUGCCUAGUUAAAUAAAUAAAAUUGUCUCUCGCUCUCUCUUUUUCCUUUUCUAUUCUUUCUCCCUCUUUCUCUAUUCUAUCUCCCUCUCUCUCUCUCUCUCUUUCUCUCUCUCUCUCUCUCUCUCUCUCUCUCUCUCUGUCUGUCUCCCACUCCAUCCUUCUCUAUAUCUCUCUCCCUAUAUUUCUCACCUGUCCCCUCCCAUCAGUCCCACCCAGCCCCUCUGUCCACUGACCUGUGCUUUUGUGAACGUUACUCUGUAACCCUUGUCGGUUGAAAGAUUUUUUUUGUCCGGUGUUAGUGAUGCACAUGUGUAAUAGCCCCAUAUCCUCCCUCUCCAAAAGAUAGCCAGACUACCUGUGUACUUAUUUGACCUGUAGACAUCUGCAUUACCUGAGACCUUGGUCAAAGAGCUUAGUGUUCACUUGAGCUGACAAAGUGCUUAGAGAAUCAUCAGUGUAUUUACAAUUUAUUUUCUUGACAGAGCAAAAAAUACAUGUAAUAAUUAUUUUGUACUAUUUGCCGAACCGUGUUAAAAUGCAACUUGUUACUGUAUCUACUCCAGAUGAAAAUUAAAAAGCAGAAGAAAUGUUUUGGA